CCACAUGAACAUAGCAUGAAGACCAACAUGGCGCAGCCCGUUUGCGUGGUGGAGGCUGGAGCGUGCAGCUGCGCAACUUUUGAGCCUUGAGCAGGUUGCAACCGUGCGACUGUAACCGUACAACCGUCGUGCUCUUCUCCUGCGCGACCGCGGGACGUAGACCUCGGCACCUUGAAGCAUACUGUCGAGGGACGGGAACAAGUAGGAAGCCCAGGUGGCCGGCAAGACCUUCUCCCAAGUCCGAGCAGCUGAACAAACCACAGGAGGAAUGGAAGGAAGAGGGGUGGGUGGACAAUUUUUUGCAAAACGAAACAACAUUGCUGGAGUCACUCGCCCAAUGUCGGAUGACGACGAAGAAGCCGUGCUCCAGAAGUAUGUGAAAUAUCUCGACAAGGUCGGGGAAUCGUGGACGGGACACUUGGAGAAGGAAGAUCUACUUGAGCCUAUGGAGCGCGAGCUCUUAACCAUAGGUGUCUCCUUCAAGACUGUGUCCUCCAGGCUCCCCAAACUAGAAAGCUUGAAAUCCAGGGGGGUAGAAGGUGCAGUAAAUGGGACCUUGAGACUUUGUCAUCAUGCAGACCAAGGUCGACUUCUUUUCUCCUUGGACAAAGGUGCUGUGCCAAUUCGCCUGGAUGUGCCAUUCAGGGUUAUCUCGAAGGUACAGAAGGAGUGUCUCUUUGGCAAGGACCGGCACAAGACCCAAGGAGAAGGAGCAACUUCAAUGGCCGCAAUCGGCCAUCGGGGACCUCUACCGACAUAUGGAAGCACACCCUAACAGAUGCUGUCCACCCAGGUACUGUAAAGAAUGUGAGGCCGCACUAAUCGGUGAUCCACUUUUUCAAUCCAGUUUCCUGAUGACCCAUGUUCAUCUUGUCAAUGCUUACCUAGAUCUGCCGGCUGCCCAAAGACAUGCCCCUGCACUGGAUUGUGGCAGUGGCGUCAGCCUCUUCGGUGGUGACGUCCCUACUGCCAGCAG